AUGCUGGCGCGGAAAGCAAAUUCAUUCCACUUCAAGGUGGCGGCGUUGUCGAUGGUGCUGGUGAGUGAGUCGAUCUCUUCGACGUUAGUUCUGCCUUUUGUAGGGCUCUUCGUUGCCAAAUUGCAGAACAUCUCCCCCGACGCGGCCGGCUUUCUCUCCGGUAUUCUUAUGUCGGUGUUUCAGCUGGGGCAGAUCCUCACAGGGAAGAUGUGGGGAAGAAUGAGCGACAGGUUUGGGCGUAGGCCCAUCAUUCAAUUGGGUCUCUUUUUUAGUGCCGUUAUAGCGGUUUUUUUCGGAGUGAGUCCAAACAUUGAAUUCUGCAUCCUGAUGCGUUUCCUGCACGGGUGCGUCAACGGCAACGUGCUCGUCGCCAAAACGGUUAUUGCCGAUAUAACAGAUAAGACGACGGAAAGCUUUGGGUUCGCCACCAUCUGCCUCUUCUGGGGCGUAGGCUCUAUUGUAGGACCUACGUUGGGAGGGUUACUCUACGACCCCGUGCAGAACCCAACGUUGAAGCAGUUCUUUGCCCCCGAAAGUGCAACGGCGGAUUUUUUCACGGUUCACCCUGCAUCGCUUCCCAUGUUGAUGAUUGCCGCCUUCUCUGUCUUGGCGUUGCUGUCUACGUGUAUACUUCUUCCUGAAACGAGCAAAAAUGCGGUGGAUCCCUUGCUGUCACUCUGUUGCAGCCGUCGCGGUACCACCGUACAGCUUGUGGAGGAGGUCAUGGAAGGAAGGGAAUCGCAGGACGAGGAGGACAGCCCGACACUCACCUUUUUUGAGGAGCCUGACGGUGUGGCUCGUGAAGAGGAACUGCAACAGCGGGAGGCGAGUAGUGGUGGGGCAAUGUCCGUAGAGGAGGGGUCCCCGCAACCCUCCGUGACUUUGGAGGGUGUUUCUAUGGUGAAAAGGAUGCGUAAUCGAAAGUCAGAGCCUCUAUUAGAAGGCCAGAAUGAUAAGGAAAAUAAGUCGCAUUCUACGUUUGGUUACCGCGAAGCUCUGCAAACUUCAAACACGCAAUUGGUUCUGAUUAUGUACAUGUGUAUCGCCUCAUCCGAAUGUGCCAUGUUGGAAGUUGUCCCACUUUGGUCGAUUGCCUCAGUUAAAAAAGGUGGCCUCGGCCUUCAGUCUUCCGAUGUAGGUUGGUUAAUGUGUCUGGCUUCCAUAGUGUGCGUCAUUGCAAAUCUCAGCUUUGGUUUCUUGUCGCGAUGUCUGCAAAACAAUAGGAUUAUUUGGGACGCUAGCAUCAUAGUAUGGAGUUUGACUACUGUGGCUCUCCCCUGUGCGAUUUUCUUCCCUCCGAAGCUGAUAUACACCUGCGUUGCCCUUAUAAAUGCCAUCCGAGAGGUUGCACUGUCAUGGAAUUUCGCCUUAAUUUACCUCUUUAUCGCUCGAUCUGCACCGGAGGAGCACAUGGGGUCAAUGAAUGGAGUUGCCCAAUCUGCUGGCUCCUUGUCGCGCAUGUUAACCAUGCUGGCGAUUCCCCCAAUAUUUGCAUGUUCCCUUAGUAGCACUUAUUCCUUCCCUUUCAAUCAUCAUUGCGUGUUUUGGCUGAAUGCAUUGCCUCUGCUUCUGAGCUACGUUCUAUCAACGUAUCUUUCACCGUCCAUACUGAGUGGGUAG